GUUCCAGGAGACAGUCGCUGUCACAGCUGCAUAAAAAGAUGGCGGUUAGAGUAAUGCGCGGAGCAGACACCGGGCUCAGGGGCGGCCCCGGUAACGCCGCGGUGCCAGCUGCACGGGAGCACGUCCAGGCCGUCAGCCGAAACUACUGGCAGCUGCGUCGGCUCACUUAUCGAACAGUUUCCGGAGUCAAUGGACCUCUCGUUAUCCUGGACAAUGUCAAGUUCCCCAGGUAUUCGGAGAUUGUCCACUUGACUCUGCCUGAUGGUACAAAGAGAAGCGGGCAGGUGCUGGAAGUUAGUGGAUCUAAAGCUGUGGUACAGGUAUUUGAAGGAACAUCCGGUAUUGAUGCCAAGAAGACCUCCUGUGAAUUUUCUGGUGAUAUCCUGAGGACCCCAGUAUCUGAGGACAUGCUGGGGCGUGUGUUUAAUGGCUCAGGAAAACCCAUAGAUCGCGGGCCCACUGUGCUGGCGGAGGAUUAUUUAGAUAUCAUGGGACAGCCCAUUAAUCCACAGUGCAGAAUCUACCCGGAGGAAAUGAUCCAGACUGGCAUCUCUGCUAUUGAUGGUAUGAACAGUAUCGCUCGUGGCCAGAAGAUCCCCAUCUUCUCUGCUGCUGGUCUUCCCCACAAUGAGAUUGCAGCACAAAUCUGUCGCCAGGCAGGCCUGGUGAAGAAAUCAAAGGAUGUCAUGGAUUACAGUGAAGACAACUUUGCCAUUGUGUUUGCUGCUAUGGGGGUAAACAUGGAGACAGCUCGCUUCUUCAAGUCAGAUUUUGAGGAGAAUGGAUCAAUGGACAAUGUGUGUCUCUUCCUGAACUUGGCCAACGAUCCCACCAUUGAACGUAUCAUCACCCCUCGUCUUGCUCUCACCACUGCCGAGUACCUGGCAUAUCAGUGCGAGAAGCAUGUGCUGGUCAUUCUGACUGACAUGAGCUCUUAUGCUGAAGCCCUGAGAGAGGUGUCAGCAGCACGAGAAGAAGUCCCCGGCAGAAGAGGUUUUCCAGGUUACAUGUAUACCGACUUGGCCACAAUCUAUGAACGAGCUGGACGUGUGGAGGGCAGGAAUGGCUCUAUUACACAGAUUCCCAUCCUUACUAUGCCUAAUGAUGACAUCACCCAUCCCAUCCCUGAUUUGACAGGAUACAUCACAGAAGGACAGAUCUAUGUAGAGAGACAGCUACACAACAGACAGAUCUAUCCACCUAUCAACGUACUGCCCUCGCUCUCCCGUCUGAUGAAGUCUGCUAUUGGUGAAGGGAUGACCAGAAAGGACCAUUCAGAUGUGUCCAACCAGUUGUACGCCUGUUAUGCUAUUGGGAAGGAUGUCCAAGCCAUGAAGGCAGUCGUAGGUGAGGAAGCUCUGACCUCUGAUGAUCUUCUGUACCUAGAGUUCCUGCAGAAGUUCGAGAAGAACUUUAUAGCCCAAGGUCCAUAUGAUAACCGCACAGUGUACGAGACGCUGGACAUCGGCUGGCAGCUCCUUCGAAUCUUCCCCAAAGAAAUGCUCAAGAGAAUCCCUGAGAGCACCUUGGCAGAAUUCUACCCCCGAGACUCCUCCAAGCACUGAGCUCUACCCUCCACCUCCCCUUCAUCAUUCUGCAGU